AUGACGGUGCCGCUGUCGCCGAUGCUGCGGACCGCCGUCUGGGUCGUUGCGGCCCCCCUGGGCCUCUACUUUACUUUUCUCGCCCUCGGCGCAACGCCCUUCUUCCAACGACACUUUCUGUAUGCACACAAGAUCAACACCCUCUGGUGGCGCGACGUCAACGAGCCCGAGAGAUGGGGCUUUGCAAAGGGCCAAGUCACGCCUUUCUCGCUCGACACCCCUGACGGCGUUAGCCUGUACGCCUGGCACAUCAUGCCCUUGCCCGAGUACCUGAAACAGGAAGAAAGAUUCUCGGUGCAGAAGUCCGGCUUCUGUCAUGACUUCACCCAGACCGAGUCCUUCAGGGCCCUGAAAGAGGACCCCGAGGCUCGUGUCGUCUUGUACUUCCACGGUAACGCGGGAGAUGUUGCCCAGAACCACCGGCCAGGCAGCUACCACGUCAUCACAGACACCUCGUCGUACCAUGUUCUGACCAUCGACUACCGAGGGUUCGGCCACUCGACCGGUAUCCCCUCCGAGGACGGCCUCAUCCAGGACGCCGCCACCCUUAUCGACUGGGUCAUCAACUCGGCCGGCGUGUCUUCGGACCGCAUCGUCCUCCUGGGACAGAGCCUCGGCACAGCCGUGGCGAGCGGCGUCGCCGAGCUGUACGCGUCGCAAGGCAUCGAGUUCGGCGGCGUCAUCCUCGUCGCCGGCUUCAGCAACCUGCCCAAGAUGCUGAGCGGCUACCGCAUUGGUGGCCUCUUCCCCGUCCUGGGGCCCCUUAAAGUCUGGCCCGGCUUCCUCGAGUACAUGGAGACCUUCAUCUACGACAAGUGGCCCUCGGCCGACCGCCUCGAGAGCCUGGUCAAGCUGACCAAGAGGCGCCUCCGUCUGACGCUGAUCUCGGCCACGGACGACGCCGACAUCCCCUGGACUGAGAGCAGCAAGCUGUUUCGCUCGGCCGCCAACGCGACCGUCCCGGGCGGGCUCGACGACCACUCCUUCGAGGCUUGGAAGGAGGUGCGCACGAUCCACAAGGGCGACAACGCCUUUGUCACGACGUGGAACGCGGAGCCCAACGUCGUCAUCCGCCAGGAGAAGUUCCCUUACGGAGGACACAACGACAUCAUGGGAUACGCCCCUGUAAUCCUGGCCGUCAUGCGAUCUUUUGAUUUAGGAGGCACUGCGUAUGAUACCGCCAGUUCGGACAAUGGCAGGACGUUGUAG